AUGUUAUUACCUGAGAGGGAUUCCUAUAAUCACGAUUAUACUGUUAAAUAUUAUCCAAGGGUUAGUAAUAUUCAAUUCUACCAUGAUAUGAUGAAGAAUGUAUAAAAUAUCUUCAACAAUAUUCUAGAAAGGAUUGCUGAAUUAUUAUGUUUUUAAAGGAGAGUUUUUAAAAAAUCAUAUGUAAUUGCAAGAAUAUAGAGAUUAUGGUUUGAUUGGUUCAGUAGUAUUUUCUUUGGUUUCUAUAUAUUUCUAUAAACAACUUCCUUUGAUUUCAAGAAUCUAAGGAAAAUGGUCAUCAUUUUUUAUAAAAUUAAUGAUAUUUGGAUUACCCUAUGCUUCAGUGUAUAUAUUGACUGAUGAAUUUAAAGAGAAAUACAUGUGGGAUUAAUAUAUCAAAAAUUUUAAGCGUUACAUUUAUUACAAGUAAACUGGAGACAUGAGAUGUCUUAAUAUAUAAAUUUAAUCUGAAGUUUGA